ACGAACGACUCGCCCCGCCCAUGGGUGGAAAUUGUCGCUCGGGCCAAGCUCAUGCUGCCUCCAAGUUAGGUGAGCCAGGGCUGGCUGAAGAUCGAUUUUGAAGUCGAUUAGUGUCGUCCAUUUCCUUGCCUAGUGGCUAUAGUCAAGACCUCUCGAAGUCUGUCCUCUGGUAGCCUCCAAACCCGACUCACCUGUUCACACCAUUGAUGGGUUUCUUGGAUAACUGUGUAUACUAGUGAAUGUGAAGUUACUUCAGGAAAGCCGGGAAAUUGGAACACGUUCUUGGUCGGGCGGAGUCGUGGUCAUGAGAGAUCAAAUUGCUUUGGAGAGCUUUGGCUGGGUCUAACGCACGAGAUCCUCAAAGAGUCUCCUUGGAUUGGUUAAACGAGACCCAAUCCAUGGAACCAAGUCUUUUCACCACACGAUUUGAGAAAAACGCUGGCUUGCCUGAGGCAACCGAUCAUAAUACUCAGAGGAACAAAAGAGGGAAGAAAAGGGGAGGAAGAUAUCAAAGCCUUUUUCCUCCUCUCUGAACCCUAGUUUCAAUUUCACCUUCAUACUUAAGCCUUUUUUUCUCACGCCACCCUCUCUUGAUCGGCUGAGUUUACUCAUCGCCUAAUCAAAACGACUCGAUAGUACCAUACAUCCACCUUCAACCCCCAUUUUACAGUCACUCAAGUGUAGGUCUUCCUCAACUUCAAAAAAGACCCAGCUUAACCUGGUUUGAUUAAAAUUUCUUCCCUCUCUCGACAAGUCCAUAAUGGCGUCACACGGCAUGAAACCCAGGCAAGGAAUGCCAUCAUCAAUAACCAACCUUCAGGCCCACGCUGGCACUGACUCCGGACCGCCAGCCGUCUUUGAUUGGUUUUAUGAAGAGUUCCUCACCCAAGUGAUGACGACUGGAAAUCUGUCAGAAACACUGCCUGAUGAAUUCAUGAAGAUCCAGACUGAUAUCGACAGGGUGGCAUACGUCAUGCAAGUCCGACCGUUUGUGCGCGAUUUUGAGAUUAGUGACAAGAUUGGUCUCAAAUCCAUGGACAAGGCCAAUCGCUAUCGAGAGGAGGGCAAUAAGUUGUUCCAAAGCGAUCAAGCCAUGCAGUCAAUCUUGUUUUACAACAAGGCUUUGGCUUAUGCCCCACAUCCGGAUCACGACCUCUACCCACAUCCGGAAGCUUAUCGAUAUCCCCAAGGGAGUGCGAGUGGAGGCAAAGGGGUACAGUUUCAAGAUGAAGCCAAGGCGGGACACACUAAGUCGGGACAGAAGAUGGCAGCAUCGCGAUAUGAAUCUCUCUCAUUGUGCUAUGCCAAUCGGUCAGCUGCCUUGCGCAAGUUGUGCCAGUAUGACGAUUGUCUUAAAGACAUCUCCCGCGCUGCCCGAUUUGGAUAUCCCAAAGAAAACCUCUACAAGCUCUGGGAGAGGAAGGGCAAAUGCUACCAGGGUCUGAAGAAAUAUGAAUUGGCUGUGAAAUGCUUUAGACAAGCGCUCGUCUCCUUGAAAGAAUCAUCUCUUAGUGAUAAUCAGAAAACCCUGAAAUCGCAAGAAAUUCAAGGCUGGAUCAAAGACUUGCGGAGCACUCACUUCUUCCUCAACUUCGAGGACGGUAGUGACAUGGGCAGUGAUCAAGGUUCAGAGCCGCCACCUCAACUCAUGGGAGCCACGGGUCCCAUUGUCUUUGUGCCUGAGCCUGAGCCGAAGCAACGGAAAGCAUCUGCCAUGAACCUUCCCAAUCCAGAGCCCCCGGCUCCCACACCAGAAAAGCCUUUACGGCGAAGUUUUCGACGCAAAAAGACUACAUCCCAGGACAAACCAGGAACCCCUGCCCUAGGAGCCCUCCCAAGUAUCCCCUCCACUGAUGGAGGCGACAACCUCUCCUUAGAGUCUGCCAGUAAUGAUUCCCCGUCCCGGCCCACAGGCACUCAAACCAGUGCUGCCACCUCGAACAGCCCAGGGGAACUUGUCAAAGCCAGUAGUCAGAUGUCCAUCUCACAAAUUUCCACCUCCAGUGUGAAACCCGACAUUGAAGUACCGGACCUUAACUAUGGCAUUAACCCUCGCCUUCCCUCUGCUUCCAACGGCAUUGACUUAAGAUUUUCGCCGGAUAAAGGGCGUUACUUUGUGGCUACCCAAGAUCUCAGUCCAGGCGAUGUUGUCUUGAGAGAGGAACCCUAUGCUGCAGUGUUGGAAGCAAUUUUCCGAGUAAACCAUUGCGCUUAUUGCUUAAAGAAGACGGCAACGCCAAUACCUUGUUAUGAAUGUGCCACAGUCCAAUUCUGUUGCGAAAGUUGCCGUGAUAUGAGUUGGAAUGAGUACCACUCGAUUGAAUGCGGAAUUCUGGGAUAUCUUGAGCCAUCCAAAUAUCUCGGCAAGAUGCCGCACCUUGCCCUAAGGAUCAUCACCAAGACUGGGAUGCAAAACUUGAUUCAACAAUCUCUGGUGUCGAUUCCGACUCUCAAAAAUGGAGAGCAAAGCACAGCUGAAGCUGCCCAGAACGCCUUCUUCGAUCCGACGAGCUAUCGAGCUGUUCACAACUUGGCGACAAACACCGACAAAAGGUCAUUCGAAGAUUUGAUCAAAAAGACGUCCGAGGCUAUUUUCAUGUCAAAGUGCCUCAAGUUUAACGGGUUCUUCGGAGACAAGGAUUCGGCUACUCAGGACACCACUCGGGUGGAAAUCUUCGUCUCCAGCUUGCUAUUGCGCCAUCUCCAAAUCGCAGCCACCAAUGGGCUCGAGAUGGCUGAAUGUAUUCUCAAGAACAACGACGUCACCAAAUUCGAUAUCAUUCCCGUGGGCGGAGCUAUAUUCCCCACAAUGUCCUUCUUCAACCAUAGCUGCUAUGCUAAUGCCCAACGUCUGGGUUAUCAGAACUUCCAAGUGGUGCGGAUCGUCAGAAGCGUGUCAAGGGGUGAAGAGGUCAACAUCGAUUACGGUUUCGAUUUCUAUGCUCAUCCAUUGGAAGCCCGCCAGAAGAGGGCACAAAAUCAAUACCAUUUCACUUGCAAUUGCAAGCCUUGCCGCGAAAACUGGCCCAUGUACAACGGCGUUGCCAACCGUGAGAGGAAAUUCAAGGUGAAGAUGACCCAAGAGGUGGCCAAUGAGAUCGAGAGGCAGGCUUCGGCUUAUAUGCUUGGCAUGGAUCUGCUGAUCAAGCUCGAUAUCCCCAAAGCUCUGCCCAUCUUCCGAGAUCAUUUGAUUGUAAUGAAUGACUUGGUGGAGCAUCCCGAUGCUCGCUACAUCGAUUGCGAGGAAGCUUACAAACAAUGCCUUUGGUUGGAGAACAGAGGUUACAGAUUACCCAAAGCUGGUAAUCCUAACACCCCCACCACUGCCCCGCAAGUGGCGAUUGAUCAUACCAGAUACAUGUAAAGGCUAAUUAGGGCGAUGAAAGGACAAAGUGAAAGGAUCGGCCAUAUUGGACAACAGCCUUGGUGAAACAACGAGUGCACCCUGUCUUUUCUUUUGCUACUCCUCAAGACGACCUGUGAACGGAUGAGCCAUAUUUUGGCAAUUGUUAAGACAGUGGUGACGAAUUUCCUCUCUGAACCCAUCGUUCGUACGAUGGUGUGGCCCACAAUAACGACUCUCAUUUCUGUAAUUGCUUUGUAAAAGCCGAGCUUUUAACGUUCGAGAUCCAGACGGGGACGUUCUUGUCGAAGGCAGUUCCACCUUUUCCUUUCCAUCCUCGUCAUCUCGCAAUGGUCCAGGGCAAAUCUCGCGAUCAAAGCCGUCUCCAACGACAACGGCAAUUUCUACUUACUACAGCUAUAUACUAUAACUUCUGGACCAACAACGACAACAACAACAACACGAACGACAGUCCGCUUCGGCUCCUUAUUGUGACAAGAAGUUUCCAAGGCUGGUCAGGGCAAAGCAACAGUUGAUGCACGCAAAGUGUUGCAUCUCUUCAGGAUGUUAUUUGCGUGGCCUUGGCGAUACACCUACAUCCGACUCAGAGAUAGAUGGAUACCUUAACUUGGCCUCGGGGGGAAGCUUCAAUGCCUGAACUUUACAUACUCCCGCUCCCUCUGAGGAACAAGUUACCUGUGCCUUAUGCUCAGCCAACAAAAAAACGAGAGGAGCAAGCAAUACUUGGCUCCGGCAAUUUUCUUGUACUCCUCUAUUUGGCAAUCGUCCCAGAACGAAGAUUUCCCCCAACUAAUCGUUUUCAGUUAGUCUGCCCAACCGCGAACGAAUUCUACCCGUCGAACGCAGGGUUGCUCGACAAAGUCUCAUGUGCCCGAUAAAUGCCACGUUCAGUUCAGUGACGCAACAAGUCGAGGAACACUUGUACUAAACUACAUUUCACACUACCCAAGGGGAAACCUGAUCGAACUGAGAAGAAAGUUCCCGCUUAUGAGCCAGUUAAAUACAUUUCUUGAAAUUCUUGUCCCAAAAUCUGUCGAGAGCAAUUUGGCCCCUUGAAUAAUGGAAAAUUGAGAAUGGAAUGAGGGAGAAAUAUUUUUGAUGAACUUUAGAAAUUUAUGAGCGGUGGUAAAUUUCGUAAACAGGUCCUUUCCCCCUUCCAAACAUAUUGCGACUUACAAUAAGGAGUUCGCCGAAUUUGUUCCAUUUUUAAAUUGAUCUAAUUCGGAAAAGAGCUAAAAAUACCGGAAGGCAAGAUCAAGAAAAUGCUUCAUCCUGACAAAGACAUUGCCCCUCAGAUUCAAAUGCAAUAAGUUCAAGAGCUCCAGGGACUUAAGUUGUGAAAGCGCGACUUUUUUAAUCUUAAAAGGAUCGUUCACCUAUUCAUACGUCUUCAUGGGGGUUCUGGAUACUACUUUGUUCAUUCAUCAUAAUCAUCAUAAUAUUAAUAAUUUUUCCCCUUCUCUAAAUAAUGAAAUUUUGUUGAAACGCGACUGUCAUUCGUCGUUGAUCAACGAAAUAUAGAUUUAUUGUUUCAAAA